AUGCAAAAGCCUCUUCACAGCCAUCAAACACGACGCAACCGCAAUCCCCUCAAAGACAGAACCCCCGAAGAGCUCGAAGAUGACGUCCGCAACUUCCAUCAACGCCUCGAACUCGGCGACGUCCUCGAUCUGGACCUCCUCCUUCGAGCAGCCCGCAUAGCCCGCGAUCCAACAGACCAUGUUCCCGGUAUCACGCCCGCAGAAGAGAAGACGAUCAGGUCAGAGUCCGAGUCGGAGUUUUACCAGCAGACGAAGGAUCUCAAGGUGACGAUUCUGGCGAUGGCCUGUGCGGCUAUUACACAAGGAUGGCAGCAGUCGACGAUUAAUGUGACUUCGAUGGACUGGCAGAUCGAGUUCGGUCAGACGGAUAAUGCGUUGUUGGCGGGGUUGGUGGAUGCUGCGCCGUGGUUGUCGGGGAGUCUUCUUGGAACGUGGUUAAGUGAUCCUCUUCAAGAAGGAAGAUAUGGUCGACGACCAGCAUUGUUCAUCUCUGCUAUCUUUUGCGCUGCCUGUGUCCUUGGGAGUGCUCGCUGUCGAACAUGGCAGCAACUUCUCGCCUGUCGCGUCUUACUAGGAAUCGGCAUUGGAGCAAAAGCAUCCAUCGCCCCCGUCUUCGCCGCCGAAGCAGCCGUCGAUCACCUCCGAGGACGACUCUUAAUGAUGUGGCAGCUCUUCGAUACUUUUGGCAUCUUCAUCGGCUUCGCCUGCGUCUGGAUCGUCGAUCGCAGCUGGCGCGUCCUCCUCGGAAGUGCCGCCGUCCCAGCCCUCAUCCUCCUCUUCCUCGUCUUCGUCUGUCCGGAAUCACCCCGUUUCCUUAUUCGGAAGAAUCGAUACAAAGAGGCGUUUGAAAGUCUGCGUCAUCUACGCAAGACGGACCUCCAGGCGGCGAGGGAUUUGUACUAUAUCCAUACGCAGUUGCAGAUUGAGACAGAAUUGCUGUUACAGACUACGCCUGCGCUGGGAUACAAUAAGCAGGUUUAUCAGCAGGCGCUGUAUGAGAUGGGCUUCUUUCAGCGUGUUUGGGCGUUGUGGGUGAAGCCGAGGAAUCGGAGGGCUUGUUUGGCUGCGUUUUUGGUCAUGGCGGCGCAGCAGCUGUGUGGGAUCAAUGUUAUUGCAUUCUACUCGUCGACGCUCUUCAGCAGUUCUCGAAAACAGCCAGAUCAUCCUAUCAGCCAAAUGGCCAAUGACCAAACAUGCUGGCUGAACUUCGGUUUUGGUCUCUCCAUCUUCCUCUUCACCAUCCCAGCGUACAAAUACAUCGACGGACGAGGUCGUCGCAUUCUCCUGCUGAUCUCCCUCGUCGGUAUGCUGUUCACCCUCCUCGCUGUCGGCUUCUUCUUCCGAAUCACGAAUGAUGACCAUCGCAAUGGCCUGGUGGCAACCUUCUUGAUUAUCGUAUUUACCUUCUUCUAUGGCAUUGGGGCUGGUCCGGUCCCGUUUACUCUCAGUGCCGAGGUAUUCCCACUUGCUUUUCGGGAAGUAGGAAUGAGCUUCAGCGUCAUGAUAAACUUCCUUGGUUUAGGCCUUUUGGUUCUCUUUGUCCCUAAAUUAACCGAGGUUCUGGGUAAGGACUCGACGAAUGACAAUGAGUUGUAUUUGAGACAGUCGCGUUUCGGACAGUCGAAUCUGUUAUUUCUGUUUACUGGACUAAAUGCUCUUACAUUUGUCCUCGUAUUCCUUUUCGUUCCAAGUGGCACGGCAAGGGUCAGCCUGGAAGAAAUGAAUUUUAUCUUCAAUACAAAAACUUCGGUGCAUGUCAAAAAUCAUAUUCAGAGAUUCAAGGAGGUUCUGUUUCGCCGAGAUAAACCAGUGGAUGAUGAACAGUAUGAUAUGAGGUCUCAUGCAAGCCCUGUUUGA